CUUUGGCGAUUUGAGUAACGUAAAAGUCGAUAUCUGCAUUUGUUUUUUUUUAAGUUAUUUGCCUUUGGUGAAUUGCGUAACGUAAAAGUCGAUAUCUAUGUUCGUUUGUUUUUUUCUUUUUACCGUCACCUUCAUUAGUUUUCUCGACGAGAUAGAAAUCCAAGACGAGCCGAGUUCCUACGUGCUGUAAGAAUGGUUAUAUAACGGGUGAUACGAAAUUUUUAAUAAGCGGUAUAAACAAAAGUAAAAAUAACUCGUUUUUGAAAAUCUCAACAAGAUGACAUCGCAAGUGAAUGAUUUCUAUAAUGGCAAGAAUAUCUUCUUAACUGGUGGAACUGGUUUUCUUGGUAUUUGUUUGAUCGAAAAGCUUCUUAGAUCUUGUUCAGAUCUAAAAAAUAUUUAUUUGCUUAUUAGACCGAAAAAGGGAAAGCAAAUUAACGAGAGAUUAGAAGAGGUGAUACAAAAUUCGGUCUUUGAUAGAUUGAAAGAAGAAAAUAAGACAGAAUUGUUUAAAAAAUUAAUUGCUGUUCCUGGUGAUGUUGGCGAAGACAAUUUAGGUUUGUCUAAUGAAGAUCGGUUACAACUAAUAGAAAACGUACAAAUUGUUGUACAUUCUGCUGCUACUCUGGAUUUUGAAGCUAGUUUAAAAAAUGCUGUUCAUAUUAACUUGCUAGGUACUAGAAAAGUUGUUCAGCUUUGUCAGGAAAUUAGGAAUCUCAAGGCUUUGGUGCAUGUUUCCAGUGCUUAUGUUAAUUCAGUAUUGCGUGAUGUUCAAGAAAAAAUUUAUCCAGCUCCAGAGGAUGUAAAUAAAGUACUAAAAUUAGUAAAAGAACUGGACGAUGAUGCAUUAGAAGAAGAAACUCCAAAACUAUUAGGGGAACAUCCAAAUUCAUAUACAUUUACCAAACAUUUAGCUGAGCACGAAGUAGCUAAUGUUCACUUACCGUCUGCGAUAGUACGACCUUCUAUGAUUGUAGGAUCAUGGAAGGAACCAGUACCUGGAUGGACCAUAUCUAAAAAUGGGCCAACAGGCUUCCUUAUGGGUGCCAGUAAAGGAGUUGUGCGGAGAUUACCUAUUGCUAAAUCUUUGAUAUAUGAUUAUAUUCCAGUAGAUAUUGUUGUGAAUACUCUCAUUACUGCUGCUUAUGCUAUUAAUCGUGAUAGUACAAAUAAUGUGAAAGUAUAUCAUUGUACAUCAAGUACAUGUAAUCCCUUUAAAUGGGAAUGCGUAGAGUCAAAAAUUACUCCAUAUCUACACAAAUAUCCAUUGAAGAGUGCUGUUUGGUAUCCGCAUCUUAAAAUUAUAAGCUCGAUAUUUUUAUUUAAAAUUUCUGCCUUUUUUGUACACAUGAUUCCUGCAUUUAUUUUGGAUACAAUUACAAGAUUAUUUGGAGGACGACCAAUAUUAGUACGUUUGCACAGUAACAUUAAUAAAUCUCUAGACCGUCUUGAAAAGUUCAUUUUUACGGAAUGGAAGUUUAAUAAUCCAGUUUUUAUGGAUUUAAAAAAAUCUUUGUCUGAGGAAGAUAAAGAUAAAUUCUAUAUGAACAUUGAAUCAUUGGUUUGGGAGGAUUACUUUUUGAAUCUAGUAUUGGGUGUGAGAAUUUAUCUAUCUAAAGACCCUAAAAAAACACUUGAAAAAGCACGUUCGAAAAAUAUGAUAUUGAUGGUGGCCCAUCUAAGCUUGCAAGCUUUAUUAUUAGGAUUUUGUUGGUGGCUGGUCAAAGUUUCGUUCAACUCAACUUGGACAAAAACAGGCAUGACCGUUCCGAUCAUGUAUCUUCUCUUCGAUCAACUUUAAAUAUUAUAUAAAGGUUAUUUAUUAUUUGUUUAUAUAAUACAUUAUCUGGAAUAAUAUGAUCUUUUAUUACAUGAUGAAUGUUAUUCAUUUCUUAUUUUUUAAAAUUCAUUUUAACUAAAAUAAAGUUGCACAUUAGGAUACAUCCAAUAAUUUAUGUUAAAGCUUUCGUCGUCGAAUAUAUACAAGAGAUUACAUCAUAAUAAGGGCUCAUUCGUAGGAUUAAAAAUUAAGACACGCAAUUACUUUUUUAAUUUUUGAAAAAAAUAUUUUCUUUUGUAAAAAUCGUGUCAAAAUAAAACAAAUAUAAACAAUAAUAAAAAAAAAGUAAUAAAAAUAUUCAAGUGUAAUUUGUAAUAAAAAAAAAUCUUUUUUAUCAAUUUUCGUCUUUGAUCUUUUGGAUGAGUCUUUGAUUAUCAAAGUUAAACAAGAAUUUUAAUCAAAAGAAUUUUUAAUUAUUUUAGUUCAAAAUAGUGUAGUAAUAUCUUUUCGCAUUUAUGUUAGUCGAUUAAGCAUUUACACAGCAUGGAUUUUACAUUUAUGAUUUUAUAGUUUAAACAAAUAUCUAUGCUUAUACUAUGUAUGCUAUAAGAGCACCAUAAAUGCUCUUGAACAUAAUUCUAGAUUUAUUUUAAUAAUCAAGAGUUUAUCUAAAAGAUGAGAGAUGGAGACACGAGGUUCUAUUUUUUGAUAUUUAACACGUUGUCGCAAAUGACGGCUAUAGCCGUCCGAUUUUUGGCGAUAUGUAGGCAAGUGACAAUUGCAGCCAUCUUGUAUAUGAUGACUGACGCUCACUUUCAUAUGGCAGUCAUAAACAAUUGAAAAAAAAAGUGUUUCUGAGCACGAUCGUCAAAUUAAAAGUGUGCGACAAUGUGUUAAAAAAAUGUUAUAUUUGCAGGAAGAAAAACAUCUAUAACUAUUUAUAGUUUAUAAUACAAUAUUUAGGAGUACUAAAUGUUUUAAUGAAAAAUUUAUGGCACAUAUGUAGUAAGAUGAAUAUAAAUAUAUGUAUUUUUUACUUUUUUGAAAUAUUGCUUUGAAUAUAAUUAAACAAUAUUUAAGAUCAUUCUUAUGUUGUAAACAUUGAAGAUUUCGCAUAUAACUAAUAAAAUUAUAUUUUUCAGAUGCAAAAAGUUUACAAAACAUUCUUUAUCAAGGAAAAUGUAUUUUCUUUCUUAUCUAUAGUUAACUUUGUAGAGUUCGAUUUGUCCAUCGAGAUAAAACAAAAUUCUGUCAAGGUCAAUCAGGAUGAUUGUUUUGAAAAUUAUGUACUAACUGUAAGAAUAUGACAACGAUUCUACAAACACUCGACGAUUAUGGAAAAAACUUCUCGUAAAAUAUAAGUAAGAUAUCUUCGUUUUAUUGAUGUUACAACUUAUGAUAUUAUUUGAAGUAUUCCAGUAUCAUUUAUUGUUCACAAUUUAAAUACAAUAAUCAUAUCAUCAGCUUUAUGAUUAUGAUGCGUUAUGUAUCUUAAAGUAAAACUUGCAAAAUGAAAUAAGAAAAAUAAUUGUAGCUUUAUAGUUACUGUUUUCAUUUUGUAAAUUUAUCUGUUUGGAUUAUACUACAUUCAGUGAUAUACUUACUACAUUAAUUUCAUCGUUCCUGAUAUGAUUGUAAAAAGUAGCAUAAUAAAAAAGAAAUUAUAAAAAUUUGAGAAACUUUUGUCAAUAACGUUGUUAAAAACAGUUAUUUAAAGGAGGUAAAAUUAAUUUUUACGCAAGAACUGAUGUACAUUAUUAAUUAUUAUAUAUAAAUUGUGCCAUUUACUAUGUCGAAAUAGUACUGAAUCGAAGUGUGAAAAGAAACAGGUGCAUCGUCGAGAUAGUCGACUUCGUAAAAUGUUUAUUUGAUCAUAUUUCUGAAUUGUUGUGCUGCAAACUGGAAGCUUGCAAAAUAUUGUAACUUGUUUGUAACAUUUUAAUGAAGUUGUAUGGAUUUCAUAGACUCGUAUAUACAUGCACAUAUUUAUAUAAAUAAAUAAACACUUUUGUUCUAUAUUAA